GUGGUGAGAAAAUUGAAUGGUUCCUGGCCGGCUAGCUGCAUACUAUAUACUGCACUGUACUGCACUGACCUCUUGUGCUGAGAGAAUAAAGACUAAGAGAACGAGACUGGAGAAGGAGGUGUCUCAGCGCAGCAUUGAAGUAGCCAGCACAACAGAGCAGCAUAUUAAUACAGUUAUCUAGGCAUAAAUUAUUAAAGCUACAUUGUAUUUCCAUUCAGUCCUGUAUUAGCUACAGUGAACUAAAGAACAUUGAUAUUAAUGUAGUAGUUAUAAUUCUACUUGUCUUUCCAACAGUCGGAAAUUUCAGACAAAGAUGUCGACACCACCAGUCAUUGAUCUUUGUCAAGUGGUGCGUCGUGGCGACAAACCAUUGUCUGGUCUACACAAACUCACCAGAACAAAACCUGUGGCCAUUCUCCUCGUGUUGUCUUUUGUCGUCAUUGGAUCUUUAGCAUCUUUAUUCAUUCCCGUACUCACCUGUCUCCUCCAUUAUCUGAGGGUGAUUCGUCACAUCGUGUUGAGAAAGUUUUUUGACCUGGGUGUUGGAAGCUGGAUAACUUGCGUAUCAGUGAGUCCAUUGUUAUAAUUAUAGUGGUAAUUGACUUUUGAGGUAAAGAGAUUGUUUGACUGUACCUCACUUUAUUGAUACGCUUAUGAUAAAUGUGAAAUGUGCAAACUUACACUCGCCCUCACUAUUCACACACACACACACACACAUAUCGCAUAUCCGACAACUCUUGAAAUUUGCCUUGGAUCGAAAUAGAUCAUCUUUGGUAAGUUCGUUAAGUAAAGAUUUUCACCAGUUAUUAUUGCACGUUCACUGUCUCCAUACCAGAGUAUGUGUAUGGAAUCAAGACACGGAUAUUUGGUUACCGUGGGCGCUUCAAGAAGAGGUGUGUCUUCAUAAUGAACCACGUCUCUCACUUGGACUGGCUCUAUUUUUGGACUGUUGUUAUCCGGCAGGGCGAUGUUUCUAAGUGGAAGGUGGUCACUAAGAACAAUAUCAGGAACCUACCCAUACUGGGUCAGUGUAUGCAGUGUGCCUGCCUCCUCUUCAUAGAGCGCAACUGGGAGAAAGACGAAACAGAGUUCCGCAACAAAUUGGACUACUUUAAUUCCCUCUCGUAUCCGUGUCAGCUCCUCCUCUUCCCUGAGGGCGGCGACCUCACGUACAAGUCAAAGAGCAAAAGCAACUCGUAUGCAGACCAAAAAGGACUACCAAACUACGACUAUUGUCUACAUCCGCGAACCAAAGGAUUCACUCAUAUUGUGAGACAAAUGCGAGAAGUUGGACUUGACGCUGUUUACGAUGUCACGAUCGGUUUCCCGGAUACCCUACCAAAGACGGAAGUGGACUUCCUCGGUGGGACUAUGCCCCAGCAGAUAGACUUUCAUAUCAAGAGUCACGAUGAUUCGGAUAUUCCUACGGAUGAGAAUGAACUUGGUAAAUGGUGUCAAGAGAGGUGGCAAGAAAAGGAAGAGCUACUGCGUGGUUACUAUACCAACGGUACUUUCGACGAUAGCCAAUCAAAAUUAAGAGCUGGGAUUAAGAAAUUGAAUGAUACUUCCGAUGACUCUACAAGUUGGAGCAGACCUACUUACAUGUUUCUACUGUUGGUGUUUACUAUGGUGCCAGGUGCACUGCUUUACCUCUGGUGGGGUCUCAUGUUACCUUUCUUUGUGCUCUCUCUCAUUUUUACCAUCUGGCUGUGCAAGUAUGGGUUUGGAUUUGAUGGCCUUGUCCUGUGGCUGCAUAGAGAAGCCACUCAAGACUUCCUGGCUACCAACAAGAACAGAGCCCAGUAACAAUAAUAGACAUUAGCUUUAUAGCUUUAUAUAUUUAUAAUUACAGGUUCAUUUUCAAACCAGUUUUGUUUAGAUAUGAAAUGUAGUUACAAUAUCUUAUAGAAAGAAAGUGAUAAUUUGUGCCGCAUAUAAUACAACAUUAUUAUUGCAAUGUCAUGUAUAAUAUUGUAUCAAAGUGAUGGCCGA